AUGGGUGCCCGUGUCUUCCUGCUGCCCCAUGUACACUUCAUCAUCACCUUCUUCUUUCUCUUAGUCUUUGUUCCAACAUCUUAUUGUGAAGAAGAUGAGUUUUAUAGAGAGUGCUUCACACCAUUCCAGUGUGGAAACCUGCCAAAUCUUUCUUAUCCUUUCUGGGGCGAUGAGCGACCUGAAAUCUGCGGUUAUCAAGGAUUCAGGCUCCGGUGCCAAGAAGGUCCGUCCCCUAUUAUAACUAUAAAUGAUCAAGAAUUUUAUGUGAAGUUCGUGAAUCAAUCCGAAAGAGUGAUGAUCAUUUCUCGAAAGGAUUUAUCCCAAAAUGUUUGUCCUCCUGGUGUUGCUGAGAUUCUUAAUACAACUCUGAACGAGACUCCAUUCAGUUAUGUGCCGGAGUUUGAAAACGUAAGCCUAUUCUACAAUUGCUCAAACAAGGCUACGAUGGUACCGACUCCAUACAAAAUUUCGUGUUCUGUAAAUGACGAACAACGGGAUGCAUUUUAUGCAACUGAUUGGCUUUUGAACAAGUGGAACCAAGACCCCUCAGAUUGUAACAUCCGGGUAGAAGUUCCAGUUCCAAAGGUGGAUGUUGAACAACUUAUUAGUGGUGGAAUGGAAGCUUUAAGUAAGGCUUUGAGAGAAGGUUUUAACGUAACGUACAUGUUUGAGACAAUUCCAAUGUGCUAUGAAUGUGUGCAUUCGGGUGGGAUAUGCGGCACCGACUCUUCUACUUUCCGCUUCACUUGUCUAAAAGCAAAAGAAAAUUUUGUGAGAAAAAGAGUUGAGCGUCUUGUUUGUUUUCCACGUUUACUUUCAAUUUUGAACCUGUCAACGAGCCCUUACGAUGUUGAGCACUGUAGUUCGUUAAUUUCGCUUAUCUUCUUCGUGGAAACUUACUUACCUCCAAAUGCUUCUCUCCUUUUCUCUUCGUUCUUCUACUCCAGAUGGGUCCUCUACUUCUUCAUAUCUCACAAACCUCUUCUCAUUUGUUUCAUUGUCUUCUUCUUCUUCUUCACUACUUUGGCCGAGGAAUCCCUGUCAGCAGAUCAAAAGUUCCAGGCUUGUGCACCAACAUCCUGUGGCAAAGGCCCCAAUAUAAGUUACCCUUUUCUCUUAUCUAACGUUCAAGAAUCCUUCUGUGGCUACCUACAUUUCAACAUCACUUGUAACCAAGAAUACCCAGUUCUCAGAAUCUCCAGUGAUGAUUAUAUCAUUAAAGAUAUCUUUUAUGACAAUCAGUCCUUCCUCGUAGCUAGUUCUUUGGUCUAUGAGGAGGAUACAUGUCCAAUUCCUUUGCAUAAUGUGACCCUUGAUCUAGCUCCCUUCAAUAUUAGUCCUGGCUAUAUUGAUUUUUCCUUCUUAUACAAUUGUACCUCAGAGCCUGCAAACUACCCUAUAUAUCCCAUAAGUUGUGCCACCAAUUCUACUGUUUCUUCUUUUGCGGGGUUUCACAUUGAAGAACUGGAGUUAAACUACAGCUAUUCUUUGAACUCAUGCAACUACUUCGUCAAUGCUCCUUUGCACACUCGUAGUGAUGUUUAUAGUUUGUACAAUAAGGAUUAUACUGAGAUUUUGAAGCUGGGGUUCCUCUUGAAUUGGACCACGCAUAAUUGCAGCAGUUGUGAGAGAAGUGGUGGCCGCUGUGGAUUUGAGAAUCACGAAUUUGUUUGUUUUUGUCAUGAUCAGACUCAUCUCAAUUCCUGUGAUGAUGGUAACUCUUCAUGAAAUUCAAUUUAUGUUCAUCAGCUUAUAAUUCUUCCUGUUUGUUUUUUCCACUUGACCUCUUCAAAGAGUAGAGCUUGUCACUCUCUAGUAGUUGUUGCACCAACCCUAUAUUUAAAAUUGUAGCUUUCAGGAAAAUUUCAUUUCAUUUGAAUGGUUAAAACAUCAUCAAAUUUAGGCAUUUUUUUUAAUACAAUGGUUAAAUCAGAAUGUGCACAUUCUGAUUAGACUGCACAUAUAGCAUUAGCGUAUGAAUUGCCAUCAUUAGGAAUCCAGUUAGGCCUUGCCUUGCCCUUCCUUUUUCGGUAAAAUCUGAAUCCAUUGCCUGUGAUCAGCUCUGUUCAUUAGCACAAGAGUCAACUUUCUUCGGUUCUGCUCAUUUUAUCAUUCAGAAAAUUUUUAAGAAAAAAUACGAGUUGAAUAUCUUGUUUGCUUUCUACGUGUACUUUGAAUUUUGAACCUGUCAACGGUCAAUGAGAGAAAGAGCUUGGAAUCUGC